AUCCUUUUCUAUCAUCUGGCUCCCAGACUCCAUCCAGAGAUCGAAUCGGGUCCUCCGCCCGUCCCCAUUUCCAUGGCGUCGUCUCUUCUCGAAUCCGGAUGGCUGUAUCUAAUCACUCAUUUCAGUGAAUUUCAACUGGCUACUCUUGGCAGUUUCAUGAUUCAUGAAAGCGUCUUUUUCCUGUCUGGACUUCCAUCAGUAUAUUUUGAGAGGUCAGGACUUUUCAGCAAAUACAAGAUUCAGAAGAAAAAUAACACUCCAGAUGCACAGGAGAAAUGUAUUUUGCGUCUAAUACUGUAUCAUGUCUGUGUGAAUUUACCAGUUAUGAUGAUUUCCUAUCCCACUUUCAGAUUCAUGGGCCUUAAAAGCAGUCUUCCAUUGCCGCCCUGGAGGGUUAUCAUCUCUCAGAUAAUUUUCUACUUCAUCUUGGAGGAUUUUGUGUUCUACUGGGGGCACAGGUUACUGCACACAAAAUGGCUGUACAAGCAUGUUCACAGUGUUCAUCAUGAAUAUGCGACACCAUUUGGGUUGACUUCCGAGUAUGCCCAUCCAGCUGAAAUUUUAUUCCUUGGCUUUGCUACUAUUGUUGGUCCUGCUCUCACUGGUCCUCACCUAUUUACUCUCUGGUUAUGGAUGGUAUUGAGAGUCUUGGAGACAGUCGAAGCUCAUAGUGGGUAUCACUUCCCAUGGAGCCCUUCAAAUUUCUUACCAUUGUAUGGAGGUGCGGAAUUUCAUGACUACCAUCAUCGUGUGCUUUAUACCAAGUCAGGGAACUACUCAUCGACUUUUAUCUACAUGGACUGGUUAUUUGGUACGGAUAAAGGUUAUCGAAAGCUAAAGACCCUUGACAAGGAAGGCAAACAAUGAUGAGUUGUAUGAGAACAUCUGAACAGCAUGGGGAUGAGCACAAUUUGUAAGAUGGAGAGUAAAAUCAUCCUGGAGAAGUAUGCUCUCAGGUGUUCAUAUGCUGUUUCCACCUCAAUAAAUGGAAGCUUCUGAUGGAAUUAAUGAAGGAAUGUAGCAACUCUUUUUUGUCAGUGAUGUCAUCUGAGGAGUUUCUCGGUUUGCUUAAGAACGAGCAAAUAUUGAUGUUGGGAGCAGCAUUAGAUAACUGAUGCUUCAAAUAUCUUGCUUAUGUUAAAACUGCUGAGAAACAACUUUGGAGCUGCUGGUCAACAUUAACUGUGAUGUAUUAAUGGCCAUAUGAUUACUUUGCCUUGGAGGCAUUCUGCAAUACAUGGGGAUUGCUCAACCUUUUUCCAAGAUCUCACCAUAAGAAGUCCAUUCAUUAGGUUAGAGAUUGUCUAUGAAUCUAUACUCACAUGGUUCAACGUUUCCCUUUCUUUGGUGACUGGUUAUGGACCUGAGCUUUUCUUGUGUUCCCAAUAGCUCUUCCAGCUGACUUAGCCGCAUCGUAUUCUGGAUGGUACUUUAUGGACCUACAAAGAGGUCAACAAGUUCCAAUAGCUCUUCAGCUUCAUCUAAAUGACGUGUUCCCUCCUUGCUUUGGUCCUGAAAAUUAGAUUGUUAUCCAAGGACAAUAUUGUUUGUGACACUCUUGAAAUGGACGGUGGAUGAUUAUUUUCACA